CAAACCCUCGGACGUCGGGGUAGCAUACGCAACUUUGGCACGUUUCAACUGGGGGUGUAGUCCAUAUAGUUACCACCCCAUCACCAAUAAUACCCUCUAGCAAACGGUUUCGGCAAAUUCAAGUUUUUUGUAUUACAGGUGAUAUUGGUGCGUGAGAAGUGUUCGUUAUUGUUCACCGCGAACACGUUGUUAACGGUGAAUCUAUUGUUCGCAUUGAUCGUACGGGGUAUUAUUCGUUUCUAGAGGUUCCCAAUUGACACUAUGCGAAUUUAAGCCAGUGACGUCCCCAAAAUGGCGUCAAUCACUGUCCACAAAUGAAAAUUGAAAAGUCAGAAUAUAUUGGCAGUAAAAAACGUUCAAAAUUCCAAAUUACUGUACCAAAUUGGGUGUAUGAAAUUACACUGGAUGUUCAACACAAAUAACCUCCAUGAAUUUACUAUUGACAUGUCAUCACUGUGUUCCAACUCCACCGUCAGGAUAACGAAUAGGCACAUGAGCUCAUCGAAAAUACGAGGGAAAUCGAAGUACUUGGAAUUUUUGGAGGCCAUUAUUUGAGUUAUAUCGUGAGUGACAAAGUUAUUCUACAUUGGCAGCAGAGAAAAUGGCAGAUAGACAAGGAAUAACAAAUCGUUAAUCGCAGCAUUGCAGUACCUUUGAUGGGCUCGGUGAAGGACACUGGGAAAAAAUGCAUUUGCAUUUUGAGAAAAACACUAAUGCCAAAUGUGACUGCAAUAUUCUGUCACUCAGUUGGAUGGGGAAGGUACCUGAUGAAGUGCCCGAGGACGAGGGGUGGACAUUGAGUCGUACUAAUUAUUAUCAAGAGGGGUGGCUUGCUACUGGCAAUGCAAGGGGCCUUGUUGGGGUGACUUUCACAACUUCCCAUUGUCGGACAAGAAACACUGAGUUACCAUUACGGUCUAACUAUAAUCUACGGGGACAUCAAAGUGAGGUCAUUCUAGUAAAAUGGAACGAACCCUAUCAGAAGUUGGCCUCUUGUGAUAGUUCUGGUGUGAUAUUUGUUUGGAUAAAGUACGAAGGGAGGUGGAGCAUCGAAUUAAUCAAUGAUCGUAGUAUUCCGGUCACACAUUUUUCAUGGUCUCAUGAUGGACGCAUGGCACUCAUCGGCUACCGGGAUGGGUUCGUUCUGGUUGGGAGCGUAACCGGUCACAGGUAUUGGUCAUCGAUGUUGAAUGAUCAGGCAACGAUCACUAGUGGCAUAUGGACCCCUGAUGAUCAACAGGUAUACUUUGGUACUACUGCAGGACAACUGAUAGUCAUGGAUGCUGACGGGGCGAUGGUGUCUGAGGUCCAACUUUCGGGAGGAAUCACAUCAAUGGCAUGGAGUGCUGAGAAAUUCAGAAUGGAAGAGGGCGAUGACGAUCUCUUUGGAAAUGUAGUCCAAGACGACGAACGGAAGUACGUUUUAGCCGUGUGCUUGGCCGACGGAAAUAUCGUCAUGUUACGGUCGUACGAUGAUGUCUCCCCCAUCACCAUCAAGACCGGAUUAAAAUCACCCCUUCAUGCUGAGUGGAGUAAUUCCAGGAAAUUGUUGGCGAUUGCUGGCACGAGUGAGGACGGCGUAUCUAAGAAUGGACAGGAAUACUCCAACAUUCUUAAAUUUUAUUCGGAUUCGGGCUCACUUAUUUUCACAACUGUAAUUCCUUACACUCAGUGUCAAGUGUCAGCAUUGACAUGGGGUCAUAAUGACAGGCGGCUCUUCAUUGCGACCGGAACGCGUGUUCAUACUGCCUGGGUGUCAAGACGAGUUGGAUCACUCCAACUGCUCUCUAGAUUAGCCGUCAGGGCAGCUCUGACGCAUGACUCAAGCGUCGAACAACUUCCCCUGCCUCCCAGACUGCGGGCGUUGGUUGGUGCUCUUUUCGCAAAUACAAUCCGAUCGUGUGUACCUGAGGCACAAGAACUGAGGAAGUUUGUUUCCCGUCCGCCAAGCACAGGUGGUAGACUCCACUGUACAAUGCUUCGGCACGCUGGUGAGCCGGCUCCAUGUUACACACUUUACCUGGAGUAUCUUGGUGGUCUUGUGCCACUCCUAAAAGGUCGUCGCACAAGCAAAAUUCGGCCGGAAUUCGUGAUCUUCGAUCCCCAGAGUCAGGACAACGGGAGCAUGAUCGAUUACACGUAUCAAUUGCCCUCUUUCAGCGAUGGCUCUGACACCGAAAAAGACACAGGGGAUGCGUAUGGCUCACCAAGAAGUAAACGAAAGCAUCGCAGAAAGAGAGAGGACAGAACAACUGAUGAGACUGAUGAUUUGACGUACAUAGACACAUUACCUGAACACGCAAGACUAGUUGAAGUUACAUCGAAUAUAUGGGGAACUAAAUUUAAAAUUCACGGUCUAACUGAUUCAGUUCCUGCCAAUUUAGGUCAAGUGACGUACAGAACAUCGUUAUUGCAUUUACAGCCACGACAAAUGACUCUAGUGAUGACUGAAUUACGAGACGAUUUACCACCCGGUCCAGAUCCAAGUUUCAAUCCUAAUCUGUUCUCUGAGGAUGAGGAGGAGUCAUUCCAGGAUGGUCACAGUAUAUCAAGAAAGUCUGAAACAGCACCGCCACCGAUAGCCCCAAUGACACCCCGAAACGGUCGGUUAAACAUAAAUCGGCCAAAAUCACAAAUUUCUAGUCAAUUUAUUGCGCCAGAUCCACUCAUGUCACCGGUGGUAGCGCAAGCCGAUAGUUACGAUGAUUUCUCAUACAUCGAUGUUCAAGAAGUGAUGGAUAUGGGUGAAAAUGUACGCGCACCGUCCAGCAGUCAUAAAACGUCUAAACAUCAUCCACCGAGAUGUUGUGAGGUACCCACUCUGCAGUCGCCUAAAAAUUCCGUUGCUCCGACCCAAACACUCAUAGCAACUUCCAAUUCCAAUCCCGACUAUUCUAAUAAUAUUCAAAGAGUUAAGACGACACUCACCGAUCAGCAGAUGAUCAAAAAAGAAUUAGAAAAUAAUAAAAUUAAUCAAGCUGAGGACAAGAUAACUUUAGCUGGCUGUCCCACCGAUAUUAUUCCCACAUCUGUUCAGAAUGGACAGAAUAGUGCUUUGCGUCAGAGUUCCGUGAUCACGAGUCAUAGUUCUCCUUCUCAACAACAUCACUGGAAUUCAUCAACCGUUUCGGGUUUGGUCCUGCCUAAUUGUAAUCCCCACUACGCCAAUGUAAAAAGCAAUCAGAAGUCAGGAACUCUGACAUCUCAUCUGAAUGCAUCGCCAUCCAGUUCUCAGUUAUGUUCAACGCCAAAUAGUUUCUCAAAAAAUAUACUGGGUCCGACCAGUAGCUCAAAUUCACCGACAUGUUCCCGACAACAGGUCACCGUGAAUUACUGCUCUACGUACAGUGAGUGCACCACAAACAAGCGAAAGGAUAAUAAAACGACUGGCUGCUGUGGUAAAUCAAACUGCAGUUCGACGAUUCAGUCCACUGUAGCAUCAGAGAAAACUGAAGACCUCAAGUUCAUUGACGAAGAGUCAAGGGAAAGUGGCUUUAUCCAAGCUACUGGAGUCGGUCGCUCUCCAAUGGUCGUUAGCAUCGGCCCAAUGUGCCCUCCGUUAGAUCCAAUUAUUAGAAGCUGCAGCGUUGGUUACUUAGAUCUGGUGGACACACCAAUGAUACCUUGCGACGUGGCAUUGAAGAUGCUGCGGAAAGAUGCACCCAAUAAGCGGCUCGUCUUGGUGUCUCGGAAGAUCAGAAAGAGACGGAAAAAUGAUGGAUAUGAAAUUGGUCAGCAGAAAUUGAAACUGAAAACGUGUGGGAAAUCGAAAAGUUUGGAUUCUAGUGAUAUGUUUCCAAGCACCGAGCUCAAUUCUCUUCCGCCCCAGCUUCCGCAUCAUGCGGAAGAAACCUCAGGUCAGAUGACCGAAGGAUCUGAAAAUCCUCCACACGAAGCAUGUAAUCAGGUCUGUCAAGAUGGUGAAGCUGAUAAGAGAAAGGAAGAUAGAUGUACCCUGGUGGAGGCUAAAUCCAGCGGUUCGUUGUCAUCGUCAUUGGAUGGACUAGCAGCAAGAUUACGUGAUUUUGAUGAUACUCAUAGUUUACCACCACUUUCGCCGCACUUGACCGCGAGACUACCGCGCAGUUCUCCGAGCAGUCCUGCACCAGUUAAGAAAGGAAAAAGACCGGCUUCGGCGUCACCCAUCAGACGUAGACUUUUGUCUAGUCCACUGUUGAACAGGCGAAGCAGAAAGAGUCGGGGAGAGAGCUCUGAUGAUGAGGGUCAAUGCCAGGAGCAGUCGCCGAAAAGUUAUAGAAAUCUGGAAACCUUCCAGAAAGCACAGCUCCGUCAAAAGUUGAAACUGAAAGCAACUGGUACGUCAGGUCAUAAAGCCGAGGAGCUCGUGAUGCACAAUAAAGCUCCAAUGUGGAACGAAUUGAGUCAAGUUUAUCAACUUGAUUUUGGUGGUCGAGUUACACAGGAGAGUGCUAAGAAUUUCCAAAUUGAAUACAGAGGAAAACAGGUCAUGCAGUUUGGACGCAUCGACGGAAAUGCCUACACUUUGGAUUUCCAGUAUCCAUUCAGCGCACUCCAAGCAUUUUCCGUUGCCCUGGCAAAUGUGACGCAACGGCUCAAGUAACCAUCAAUCUUCUCGAGUAUCUCAUUCGAUUUAUAUAUCCAUGCGAAAUUUGGAGUAUGAAUAGCACUGGCUGAAUGUCCGGAGUACUCCUGGCUAUCUAUAAUGGUCUCGUCUUGGCGGAGGGCAUUCUACCGGGACGAUUGAAUUUUCGUCAUAUAGCAAGAGUAUAUGUUUCAAUGACCGUCCAGUGCCACAUCUGGGUCUCCUUUCCCGCAACACUACGGCAAAUUAUUCUUCGUUUUCUUUUUCAUUGGAUAAUUUGUAUGGAAUUGCCAUUUGUGAAUCGAGAAUUUCUGAGUUGAAUACAUAUUCAAUUGACUCAUAGCUUGCAAUUUAUUUUCUAUUCAAUGAGGAAUACACAUUCAUUUUAAAUUGAUAAACUACUGUUUAAGUCGCUGUAUGAAUUAUAAAGAUAGUAUUUGAAAUUGA